UGAUGACGCUACGCAUCUCCUAUCCUGGUCCUCAGACUGAGAUUCAAGCUGGGAGAAACAGUCUAGUGAUAAAAUAUCAAUUGGACCAAGUACUUGUUGGCCUCCUGGAUGGGGAAUGCAUCAAACACAACUGCUGUGUUUGCCUCCACUAUCUCCAAGGAGCAUGAUGUCAUCAUGGGCUCAAUCUACAUCUUAUUUAGCGUGCUGUCUCUUGUGGGCAAUUGUAUUUUGCUACUUGUUGCACAUCACAAGCGCUCAACCUUGAAACCAGCAGAGUUCUUCAUCAUCAAUCUCUCUAUCAGUGACCUUGGGAUGACACUCUCUUUAUUCCCCUUGGCAAUACCGUCAGCUUUUUCACACAGGUGGCUGUUUGGAGAGAUCGCCUGUCAGCUCUAUGCGAUGUGCGGAGUAUUGUUUGGUCUCUGCAGCCUGACAAACCUCACUGCCCUUUCCUUUGUGUGCUGCCUUAAAGUUUGCUUUCCAAAUCAUGGCAACAAAAUUUCUUCGUCACAUGCUCGCCUCCUAGUGGCUGGAGUGUGGUGUUAUGCAUCAGUGUUUGCUGUCGGGCCCCUGGAGUGGGGUCGAUACAGUAUGGAACCCUAUGGCACAGCCUGUUGCAUUGACUGGCAUGCACCCAACCACGAGCUUUCAGCUUUGUCAUACAUUGUCUGCCUUUUUGUCUUUUGCUAUGCCUUGCCUUGCACCAUCAUCUUCCUUUCCUACACAUGCAUCCUGCUGACAGUCCGUGGGUCCCGACAAGCUGUUCAGCAACAUGUUUCACCACAAACCAAGACCACCAGUGCACACUCUCUUAUUGUCAAGCUGUCGGUAGCAGUGUGUAUAGGCUUCCUUGGCGCGUGGACUCCCUAUGCUGGUGUGGCCAUGUGGUCAGCUUUCAGUGAUGCCACACGAGUUCCUUCUUCUGCAUUCGCCAUUGCCGCUGUGUUUGCAAAAUCCUCUACUGUCUACAACCCAAUGGUCUACCUGUUGUGUAAACCCAACUUUCGCGAGUGUCUUUACAGAGACACUUCCAUGUUGCGACAGAGGAUCUACCUGUUUCGGUCAAGUACACAGUUGGAUCCGAAGGAACGAUUGGGCUCCACACCGCAACGCAAAAAAGACACCAACAUGUCAACACGCCUCUCAAACGGGCAACUUGAGAUCUAUGAGGGGUGUCUGCACUACAUUGACAAUCCAGCCAAGUGUCAUGUGACCACACACCAAAAGACCACUAGCAUACUGACUGGAUCUGCUCACAGAGAGGUGACACUUAGACAGCUCUCGGCUAAACCUCAGGCUGACUUCCUUUAGUGGUGCUGCUUCUUCCUUUUAUGACACAAACAAAACAGGACAGGCGCUCAGAAUCACACAGUGAGAUCACUAGGCAUGGACAACACAGAGCAGGGUUUUGCAUACAUUAUGAUGGAAUGAUGGGAAGCAUUCUACAAUAAACAAUCCCUUGAUUGUGAAAUGCCAGAAGUUCCAAAGAGCUGAUGAAUUUAUCUAUUCAACCAAAAUAAUCGUAAGAUUUUGAUGACUGCUUGCUUCUACGUUUUUUCAAUAAACAGUAAAUCAACUUGAUCUUUUAAUUAAAAAGAAGGAACACUACUGGUUUCCACUUUAAUAAGAAUGACCCCAAUGUGAGGUUAACAAAAAAUAGUGGAAUUAUUGUUUUGUAACUAAUGAAGGACAAUAGUAAAUCAAAUAUGGUAAAUGGUUUAAUCUGAUAAAACCUACGGUACCAAUUCCGCAUACAAUGUUAUUUGGAUUUUAUCUUUUAGAGAUUAUGUACAAAAUUGUAUGUGUGUCUACAUCCUUGCAGCAUCCUUGGUAAAAUGAUACUGUAUGCAAAAUGAUCAACUAUUCUCAUUCUGUAGGCUUAAAUGUUUCUGCAGACAGUCUGUCCUUGGAAUUACAUAGCCUAAAUCCAUUGCUCGACAUUAAACCGACCUGACAGCUACUGGUCUUGUUACAGACGAAAUCUACCAACUUCUGACAUUUGAUGCAGAUAAGACACAUUUAGAUGUUGCACUCUCAUCAAGAGGCGCCUAAACAAUUUUCUACUUCAUAGCAAUUACUAAUGUGAUGAAACUGCAGUAUAUUCUAUAUUGUUUUAUGCUACAAGGAUAACAAUAUUGCAAACCCAGGAGACCUUUACGUUGUUUCUUGAAAACUGAAGGUUUUUUUUGGUAGGGUGGGUUAAUUUAGUUAAUUAUAUUAGCUUAAUUUUUAUACACCAGAUGCCCUUCCUGACACAAUCCACCCAUUUAUCCAGGUAUGGGAAUGGCAUCUCGGCAUCUCCAAUGGCUGGUUGUUGGGGCCCUGCCUAGGAUUCAUGCCCAGACCUUGUGCACAAAAGGCAACACCGUGCACUAUUGCACCACCAGAUUUUCAUCAAAACGGACACAUACAGUGGAUCAGACUAUCUGGGGAUUCAUAUUGAGAGGCAUUUGGAAUUUCUAUUUAUGAUAAUAGAUUUUCUUUUGUAUAAUUAUUUAAAAUUGUUGUGGGGCUCUCACAACAAUCUGUUCUGACCUUUCUUUUCAGUUUGUGCAUGGUGUAUACAUGCUGAUUUCACUUUGUGAAGAAAGCGAAUACCUUAGUAAGAUGAACGACAUUCAAUGAAGUGCAGACACAUGAUGAGGCUUUCCUCAAUCAGUUAUGCCAGACAAAAAAGCAGUCCAAGCUGCCACAAUGGGUAUUUUAUGAUUUAUGUUUGCUACUGAGGCUUUCAAUCAACACAAUUUGGCAAUAUGUGUUUCUCUUAUUCUUAACCUCAUGUCAUUUUAGGCAUCUGAAAAACGACAUUAGUUCGCAACCAUGUCAAUUUAUGUGCUCAUGUGGCAAAAUACUACCUUUAAUGUGAA